GGAUCCUAAAGAUCUCUGGAAAUAUGGAAGUGUGCCUUGGCUGUUUUUUAAGUCUCUGCAAAACCUAUUUAUUGAAUACCUACUACAUACCAACCACUGUCCCAGUGGCUGUUCCCACAGCAGUUCCUCCGGUGUGUCAGCCCAAGGGUGCCACUAACGGGCAUUACCCGGCCCCACGCCUCUCCAUCUCCUCCCGAGCCACGGUGGUAGCCAGGAUGGAAGGCACCUCCCAGGGGGCCCUGCAGACCGUCAUGAAGUGGAAAACUGUGGUUGCCAUCUUUGUGGUCGUGGUGGUCUACCUCGUCACAGGCGGUCUCGUCUUCCGGGCAUUGGAACAGCCCUUCGAGAGCAGCCAAAAGAAUACCAUUGCCUUGGAGAAGGCAGAAUUCCUGCGGGAUCAUGUCUGUGUGAGCCCACAGGAGCUGGAGACAUUGAUCCAGCAUGCCCUUGAUGCUGACAAUGCAGGAGUAAGUCCAAUAGGAAAUUCUUCCAACAACAGCAGUCACUGGGACCUCGGAAGUGCCUUUUUCUUUGCUGGAACUGUCAUCACCACCAUAGGGUAUGGGAAUAUUGCUCCAAGCACUGAAGGAGGCAAAAUCUUUUGUAUUUUAUACGCCAUCUUUGGAAUUCCACUCUUUGGUUUCAAAAAGCAAGUGAGUCAGACCAAGAUCCGGGUCAUCUCAACCAUCCUGUUCAUCUUGGCCGGCUGCAUUGUGUUUGUGACAAUCCCUGCUGUCAUUUUCAAAUACAUCGAGGGCUGGACGGCCUUGGAGUCCAUUUACUUUGUGGUGGUCACUCUAACCACGGUGGGCUUUGGUGAUUUUGUAGCAGGGGGAAACGCUGGCAUCAAUUACCGCGAGUGGUAUAAGCCCCUAGUGUGGUUCUGGAUCCUUGUUGGCCUUGCCUACUUUGCGGCUGUCCUCAGUAUGAUCGGAGAUUGGCUACGGGUUCUGUCCAAAAAGACAAAAGAAGAGGUGGGUGAAAUCAAGGCCCACGCGGCCGAGUGGAAGGCCAACGUGACGGCCGAGUUCCGGGAGACGCGGCGGCGGCUCAGCGUGGAGAUCCACGACAAGCUGCAGCGGGCGGCCACCAUCCGCAGCAUGGAGCGCCGGCGCCUGGGCCUGGACCAGCGGGCGCACUCUCUGGACAUGCUCUCCCCCGAGAAGCGCUCUGUCUUCGCCGCACUGGACACGGGCCGCUUCAAGGCCUCCUCCCAGGAGAGCAUCAACAACCGGCCCAACAACCUGCGCCUCAAGGGGUCAGAGCAGCUCAACAAACACGGGCAGGGGGCCUCCGAGGACAACAUCGUCAACAAGUUCGGCUCCACCUCCAGGCUCACCAAGAGGAAAAACAAAGACAUCAGAAAGACCUUGCCCGAGGAUGUCCAGAAAAUCUACAAGACUUUCCGGAACUUCUCCCUGGAGGAAGACAAGAAGAAGGAGGAGGAGACGGAAAAGGUGUGUAACUCGGACCACUCGAGCACAGCCAUGCUGACGGACUGCGCCCAGCAGCAGGCCUGCGUGGAGAACGGGGUGGUCCCCACGGACACCAAAGACAGGGAACACGAGAACAACGCGUUACUUGAAGACAGAAACUAAAGGUUAAGGACAUUGGACUCGAUGUAGCGUUGUGGUUCUUUUUUUUUUUUUUUUUAAUACUCACCCUGAGACACGUGCCUUAAACAGAUUUCUCGUUAGUCCGAAAUUACAUAGCAUUGAAGAAUAUAUUUCACUGUGCCAUAAACGACCGAGAAAGCUCGCUCUGCCAAAAGGAAUCAAAGAACAAGGACUCCGUUUCUGACAGCGAGCGCAGGACAGACACCCAGGGAGCGUUCGCACGCGUGGGCGGUCACGGCCGCAAAGGUCAAGGGCGCUUCGGGGGGCGAUGCUGUGCCCCGGUACAGCGCCGCCCUGGCAUGGCACACAGAAAAGGGCAGCUAUUCCUUAGACCAGCCUUCUGGAGGGAACAGGUGUGUCUUUUAGAUGGAGUCUCACUUCCUGAACCUACCGUUAGUGAUAUAUGCACACACACAAGGGGACCAGAUUGGGGGUGAACUGGUACCUGUAGGGUUAGAGCUGACGUUUUUGGCAUGUUGCUCUGAGCUUGAAUUUUGAUACAAACCAUUCAGUGCAUAGCUAGUCUUUCUAAGCUCCAAAUGAAUGUCCAUGGGACCUGAGAGCACCUGGAAGUUGUUGGAAGCAGAUCAGAGCACAUGUAUUAAAAGGUGCAAUUGCUUUCCUCAUUACAAAAGAAAAACUAAUUGCAAACAUCACACUGUGGAUAUCACCUUAACCAAUGACGGAAGCCUACUGAAUUUUGUCUUUCUCACAGGGGUAGGUAGUCUAAAUGAACUUGCAAGCAUUGGUAAAAACUCAACCUCAACCGCUGCAUGGUUACAGGCAAAAAUCAUGCAUUUUCCUCAGUGGGUGCGAUGGUGAAAAUAAACUGGUUUUGACAUGUUCAUGUUCACUUUUCUAGUGGAACUUCAGUUAUAACUUGUUUUUAUAAGAGGGGGGAAAUACCAAAACUAUUGCCUUGCAUGAUGCCAGUGGCUUGCUGUUCUGUCUAGCUGACCCUAAAUUUUUAUAAAUAUAGACAUCCUGCAUGUCUGAGACAUACCAAGGAGGACCAUGGCAUCAUUCCAUCUCAGGGCUUUUCGUCCUUUUGGGUGUCUUAGGAUAGACAUAGUAACAAGACCCAAUCUUGCUAUCUCCAAACAAAAGGAAAACUAAACCCUCAACCAACCCUUGUACGUACAAGAAGAUUGAAUUGUUUUAAUUGCUUGCAGCUUAAGUGCCAUUAAUGCCAUUUGAAAAAAUAAUACUGAAAAGAAGUAUUUAAAAUAUUUUCCUUAUAUGUUUGGGCAUUCCUUUAUUUUGAAAGCAUUACUUACUUUUCCUGGCUUGUUUCUUUAUUUCAUAUCUGCUAUUGGAACACCAACUGGAUCACCAACGUGAUUGAUUGUUUCAGGGCAAACAUUAACCAACAUGUGAUAAUUAUGAUUGUUCCGUGAGGUUAAAACACGAGUGAAGGAAAGUGGGGGAAUGGCUAGUCAUAAGCUUUGAGAGGAAGAGUUUAAAUGGAUUUUUAUCAGAAAGGGAAAAAUACGUACUAGGCCAAUCAUCCUGUGUAUGUAUCAGAUUUUUUCAGAAUUGGCCGGCCCUUGCACUGGGGUUCAGACUUAGCCAUUUGGACCAUAGACUUAAGCAUUUGGACCUGGCAGAAGCAGGAAAGUUGCUGGUUAUGGGCCUCCCAGGCCCAGUGCCACCUUUUGGGGAUUUCACAUGACUAAUACAUCAGUGGAUUUAUCAAAAGAUCACAGGACUAGCGGAGACUUCCAGAAACCCAUCUAAUGCUUUCUGACUUCCAGGGAAAAUGGGAAAAUGAUGCCCAUCACAUCCUUGACCACUGGUACCAUGGCGGAGCUCUUCCUGUUUUCCAAAAAUGAGCAGCUCUCCCUUGACUGGAGCACAAACCUCACCCUCCCACCCCCAACCUCUAGCCUCUAGUUGAAGUCCUGGCAUUGCUUUGGGGGAAGGAGCCAAAUAAGAAUCAACUUGGAUGAGGCCCUUCCUGCCUGUCCAAGGUAGGCUUGGGUUAACGCCUCCCUGGGGCUGGAGCUGUGGCCCACUGGUAACAUCCUGUGUCCACACAGUGAUAAGCAGACACUUGAGAAACGAUGCCUGUGAAGUGUGGGCAGUGGUUCUUACUGUGGAAAUCAUUCCAGCCAGAGGAAAUGUAUUUGAAGAAAUGGGUAGAUAACUGGGACAUUCUUAUUCUGUCAGGUUAAAAGCUUCCUCAUUAAACUGUCCAUGGAUCUCAUUUGUUUGGGUUUCUACCCUCUAUUACGCGGAACCUUCUUUAAUAGUGUGUUAAAAUUCUAGACCCUAUAGCCAAAUCGGGCAGAGGCUUCCCUGUCAUUUAUCCAGUGGCUUCUGUGGGCCAGGCACUAGGUUAGGCACUUUAUGGGCAUUAGCUCACUGAAACCUCGUAGCUACACUCUGUAGGAAGUGUUUGCAAACCCCUUAUGCAGAGGAGGACACAGAGGCUCAGGGAAGCUAAGUAACUUACCCAGUGGCACACAGCAAGAAAGUGGUAGAGCUGGUAUUCAAACCCUGUUUGACCAAAGUCUGCUUUCGACUUUGCUACAGCGUCUGUGUGAUGCACCCUUGUACGUGCAUGUGUGCUUAUGUGUGUGUUCGUGUGCGUGUGUCUUUCUAGUUUCAUGGACACAGCAUACAGAGGUGGGGAGAAGAUCUCUACUACCAAGGUCUUUGUGUAAACAUGACCUAAAGUGUUGACCUUGCCAAACUUCCCAUACAUUAUUUUAGUUUUGGUUUGGGUUUGGGGAAGGCUGCGUGUGGCACCCUUUUUGUAUUGUUAAAAUGCCCUUUGAAAGCACUCUUUUGCACUUUACUUGCUUACCUUGCAGGAACUCUGCAUACAGCAGGAAUAAAACAAUUCAAAGCACUAAAGCUGUACACUCUACCAAAUGGAACAGGGGUUGGUGUGUGCAUAGACGCUCCCCCAAAUGAGUUCAAUCACAGUGAUCAGAAAUAACCCUUGACCGGGAGUGGGGAAAUCUCCAAUGUAAUCCCCUCCCCCAAGGACAGAUGGGGCCAAGGCCCUAAUGAGUAAAAUCAAAGAGGAGUCCUCCCUCUAUGGAGACUGAUCUAUUAAUAUUGGGCAAAGUGUCUGACAAACUAUAAUCUCCAAAGGAGAAACUGAGGGAAUAAGGCAGUUGGACUCCUCUUUGGGUAUACAAGCAAAGAUGUGGGGGAGGCCAGUUGUUCUGAAGUUGCUUGAAUGUUACUUUUUAAAGAUGGGCCAAAUAGCACGUAGAAAACGUGGAUAAGGCAAAGCUGCUACAGAUUCCAAAUGCCCAUCAGCCCAGCCCUGCCCUUCCAACCUGCGCUCCCCACUCCACCGUAAACCUGGAAUAGACGUGUUGAUUCUCCACACAGAAGGAGCGCAUGCUCAGUAUCUUCAGUGGGCAGUGUCUUUUGCUUCACCUGGUAAUUAGGUCCCAAAUUUAUCUUUCAAGGCUGGUCUGAAGAUUACUGGCGAGAGCCAAAGGACGGUUUGCAGAGACCCAGCCCUAACCCAAACGUGACUCUAGGAAUUGAUCACUUUGGGGGUCGGGCCUUCAUGUGUGUGUAUGUAGGGGUGUCCCUGGCCUAAUAUCAGGGUGGCUGGGACUACUUGCCUGUGCUCCACCAGUCCUAGUCUGUGAUUGUGGACACCUCUGUCCCCUUGCCUAUAUCUCUGUUACCUCAUCAGUACAUCAAGGGAGUUGAACCAGAUAAUUGUCAAGGUCCCUUUUAGUUAUGCAGUUCUCUGACCCAACAGUCCUGGUCUAUGACUUACACUUAAGAAUGUUGGUAGCUGGAUUUGUGAAUACUGACUAUGGGCCCAAUUAUUUCAGCCUGAGAUGAGAGCUUAGUCUUUUGCUCUUUGGGAUUGUUUUCUGGGUAAUUGAUGGACCAGACGUAUUUGAGAGACUGGUGUCCAAAUUAGGAUUGCGCCCUUUGUAGGCUCACCCUGUUCUUCCCUUACUGUCCCUCGGAGGACCCACGCUAUGUGGGCAUUUUUUGCAUGGUGUUAAGACUAUUUAAAUAAUUUUAAGCUGUUGCUAUUUGCAAGUCAGUUAUAGUAAAGGUUCCCUUUAAUGACUUCAUGAAUUCAUAUACUAUAGACACCUCACUCAGACACACAGAUACACACACAUGAACACAUACACACACACACACACACACACACACACACAUACAGGAAAUGGCUGCUUUGGUUUCUGUGAAGACCACUCCAUAUUGAAAGUCCUAGUUGUACUAGAUGUUAGCAAAGCACCUCCUUGUCUCCCUCUGAGAUGAUGUAAUUUCCUGGCUGAGUCAAUGCUGCUCAUCUAUUUGCGUGCUUGGGUUGGGGGAUUCGUGAGCAUGGGGUCAGAAUUUGGGUGGAGCAGGUUUUCACUCACUGGAUCGUGUAAGAAUGUAGACCACCCAGCAUGCACCAUGGUUUCCAAACCAUGGGAAAGACAUAGGCAAACAAGCCUGCAGAGAUGUUCUAAAAAAGAGAGGAAAAAGAGCCACUACUGCAUUUCAUGUGUCUUUUUUUCUGCAUCCCACUAAUGUUUCAAGUGGGGUUUAUUCUUUCUGUUAUGAUGCAACUGUGGGCAAAGACAGUGGCUGUGUGAGCAGAGGGUGCUUUUGGUGGUAUAAUGCAAGAGCUAGUUAGCAAUGGCCUUAAAAAGUAAAAAUGGUAACUCUCUGAAGCAAAGGUGACUUUAAUUUGGCAUUGUUGAUGCUGUCAAUUCUAUGGAAGCUUUGGAAUAGCUUGGCGAUUCCAUGGCUGUAAAAGAAAGGCCUGCCCUCUGCCCUCGCACAACAGACCAGCUGCAUUGUACUUCACCCACCUGCCCACAAUCCAUGUAAACCUCAGUCCUUCGUGGCAGCCCCUAAGUCCCAUGAGGGGGAAUGAGAGGUGUCUCUCUGACUUUACUGAACGUGAUUAUCAUUUUCACAGGUGCCUAAGAGAUUUGGAAUCUACUUUUUUUGUGUUCUUGGUUCUUAAGUGAAAAAUCUCAAAUAGUUCCCUGUGCAUUAAAAAAAACAAAAAAAAUCCUCAUGAGGUCUUCCAUUCCACCGAUAACAGCAGGCCCGAGCUGCAGAGAAUAACUGGAAAACCUCUCCUUUGCCAGCAGGGCACCGAGCUUGAAGGGAGAAGGUACAGUGGUGCCUAGAAGAGAUAUGCAAACCAACCCACAUGCAAACCAGCCUCAGGCCUCCUUCCCGGUCCCAGAGUCACAGGCAGGGGACCCAGUGACGACGACGACGAUAAACCCACGCGUGGAGGUGUUUUACCUAUUUUUUUCUCUCUGUAGGAUUUCAUGGUGCUUAAAAAAAAGGCAUUUUACAGAAAAUAAUGUGGGGUGGGGGGGAGGAGGGAAUUUCAUAAUGUUCUUAGAAAAAGUACAAAAGCAAAUUUGCUUGAAACAUUUCAAUAAGCUGUGCUGCUAUUGUCUUUAUUUGAUGAUGUAAUUUUUUUUUUCAAUGAUGGAGAAAAGU